AUGCGCGUGGAGCCUUUCCCGCGCUUCAGCGUUUCCCCGCCCGCCCCGCUGGAGCGCAGCCGGCCCUGUGAGGAGGGUGAGGCGGAGGACGGGCUGUGUGGGUACCCUGCGCGGGGAGAGGAGGGUGUGAACCCCGGUGGGGUUGCCUCAGAGGAAAUAAUUAGGGAACAACACAUGGAAACCGCCUCCUUUAAACUCCUAGGAUUUCUGGAUGUUAAAAAAGUCCCAUGUGCACGAGAAUCAGUGCUCUAUGGCUCCGUGGGAUCUUUAGUUGUGGGUCUUGGACAUUUUUUAGUAACUAGUAGAGUUAGAAGAUCUUGUGACUUUGCAGUCGGUGGCUUUAUUUGCACAAUGUUAGGAUACUGGUUUUACUGCAGGUACAAUUUGGCCCAACAGAGGAUCCGGCAAAGAAUGAUUAAAGAAGGAAUGAGAAACAGAAUUUUAUUUGAAGGUACUUCUCUUGAUCCAGAAAGAAAACGAACUGGCAAUGAAGGGAGCGAUUCAUAG